CUUGCGCCGGGCUCUGGUGAAGACCAACGGCACCUUAGACUCCGCUCCCCAAUACGGCCCGUGUCAUCAGCCACACAGUUCGGAGGAUCCACAUCCAGCGGCACUACUACUACUUCCGUGUGUGUUACACAUAUCUGUGCGAGGCAUAACUGCUUGCCGAGUUUUGCUGCAAUCUGAUAUCUAUCUGGGUGUAUUUUUUCUUUGUGAGUUAGAGUAUAUCAUCAGCCACAGAGGAAUUGCUGAAAUGAGAAAGAGGCAGCAGUCACAAAAUGAGGAAACCUCGACGGUACCACAAGCUCCUGGUGGGAACCAAAGGCCGAAUACUUGCUGCUUUUGCUGGUGCUGUUGUUGCAGCUGCUCAUGCCUCACUGUUAGGAAUGAAGAUAGAGGUGAAAAUUCAGGAAGAACGCCCCACACGACAAAGAUGGAGAAUAUACAAGCUGUAGAAGAAUGCCAAAUUCCAACCACGGAGGAAAUUCUAUCAUGGUCUCAUAAUUUUGACAAGAUGAUGAACAGUCCUGCCGGAAGAAAUCUCUUCCGAGAAUUUUUACGCACAGAAUAUAGUGAAGAAAAUUUGCUUUUCUGGCUGGCAUGUGAGGACUUAAAGAAUGAAGAAAACAAGAAGCUUGUUGAAGAGAAAGCUAGAAAUAUUUAUGAAGAUUAUAUCUCCAUACUUUCACCAAAAGAGGUCAGUCUUGACUCCAGAGUCCGGGAAGUGAUCAACAGGAAUUUGCUAGACCCAACACCUCAUAUGUACGAAGAUGCCCAACUUCAGAUUUAUACACUGAUGCACAGAGACUCAUUUCCAAGGUUUUUGAACUCACAACUAUUUAAAACUCUUCUUGAGAGUACAGAAGGUUCUACCGAUGACUCGUAGCUGAAAUCUAUGGACAAAGUAUACCGGGGUUUUCUCUCAACAGAACAAAUAUGUAGUUUAAUAACAUCAGACACCGAGUUCCUGGAGAACUCCAGUUGUGCACUACUCAGGCUACUGUGAAAAAUAAACCAGAAAACUGCUUUCUGUCUCCAUUUCCCCAAGGUCUUUCAUGCUUGAUUUUGAGAGGGAAAAAAAACAACACUGGAAUUGCCACGUUUGUUUUAUACACAGUUCACUUGAGCGUAAGAUCUCUUUGAUGGACUAUGAAAAUACCAAUUGUUUUAUCUCAUUCUGCAUGUGUACAAAUAGACAUUUUCCUUAACUCACACUCACGUUGCAAUAUAUAGGUGAUUACAUUAAACAUGUACUUAGCCCUAUUUUACAGGGAACGCCAGUGAAAGCGUUAACAGACCUUGGCUUGGUUUGCAUUUCCCUACUUGACAGAUGUGUAUUGAUUAGACCAUUAGAACAUUAAAUGAUAUUGUUGUCUGCGGCAAUGGAUAUUGUAAAGCCAAUACACGAGAAAGCUUAUAACACUUUGAUGAAAGUUUAGGAGAUAGAAGUUGGGUUAUUCACAGAUAUUCACUGCCAAAUGUGGCUUUUUUAUUUUUGUUACAGAGUUUGCAGUGUCAAAGAAGCACAAACCACAUAAAGGAUAAAUGUCUGGAUGACCAAAUCUCUGAGCUGACAUUGUUUAUUGUUCUUAACAAAAGGAAUAGCAUAUUUAUGUACAUUUCAGAUGUCAUAUACAUACAAUGAUUUAAUAAAACUGGUCAUCCAGUUUUAAGAGCGUUGUCUAACAAUGUAUUUCAGCAAAAAAAAAAAGAAAUAACAAAGAGCUUGAUACUUUAAUAUUUUGAAUAAAAUAUAAUAAAAUAUUUACCUAUAUGUAGCAUUUGAAACAUUUUAAUGAAAAAAAAACUCUGUCUUUUAAAUGAAUAUUACUGUGUGAAAAAUGCUAUGAAUGCUUGGUUUAAGUUUGACAAAGAAGUUACCUUUUCAACAGUUAUAGAAAAGUUAUUCUCUUAGCCUCUUCACUUAUUGUACCUCUCUUUGAAAAUAAGGGAAGCUGUAGAGGUCAGCAAGAAAACCAAAUUUGAUUUUUUUAGCUCUUUUUUUUUUUUUUUUUUUUUUUUUUUUAGGAAUUAAACAACAGAAAAACAACAGUGUUUUUGCUUGUACUGUUUCAAUUAUGAUUUUAUCACUGGUUUUUGACAUUUUCUUUUAACCUGCCUUUUAUAUCUAAAUAUGUGUGGAUUUAUGUUUAUAGGUUUACACACAUACACUUGACUGCUUACAUAUACUUUUUACAUAGGAUCUUAAGUAAAGCAAAAGAUAUAAUACAGUUAUUCAUUUUACUGUCAACAAUAGUGGAAAUAAAAUAACGACUUAAAAUAUUACUUGCAUGAACUCUAAGUGGCAGACUGGGCCUUACAUCAUUUAAAAUGUUAUUGUUAAUUACAUGUUACUACCUCUAUUUUUUUUAUUUAUUUAUAAUUUUUAUUAUUUUUCUCUUUUUUAUUUCAUACAGAUUUAGUAUUUUACUUGAAGCAUUACAUUUUAUUUGCAUGAUUUCACCUAUACAACAUUGUGUACCAUAAGUACUCUACAUUUGUAUCUUGUACAGAAAUCAGGAGAAAUGGAUAUAAAGGGCUAUUAUAUGCUCCCUAUGCAAAUAGUUUACUUAUAUUAGUAUUAAAAAAGAUAGCAUUUAAAGAAACAAUGAUUUAAAAUAGAUAAAAAAUAGCUUCUGUUUACACUGAGACUACUGAAUAUUCAAAAUUUAAUAUUCAGCACUUUUAAAAUGUUAUUGUUUAUACAGUUGUAGAUAAAGUGAAAAAAAUAUUUAUUACAAUCAUUUCUUUAAGAUAAAACAUUUUGACUGACAAUGUUAUUGUGCUAUUCAAUAUUAUAUUCAUAUUGGUUUUAUCUGCUCACCAAAUAAAUGAUGGUGAAAUUACUCUCAGUUGAAAAUAUAUAUAUAUAUAUGUACGUAGCAAAAAAAUACAUUUACUUUUUUUUCCGAGAAUGUGAAAAAUAGCAAUUUUCAUAGAAUUUUGUUUGAAAAUUCUCUGGUUUUAUGAACUACAGGUACCAUGCUGUAGUAGAAAUAUUUUUUUCCUAAAUUAUCUUCUAUUUGCUGUGUGUUUCAAUUUUUUGGUGUCAUAGAUGUUAUGGUGUUCAGUGCGCAAUAACACAAUACAGAUAUAAAAUCUGUGUCGACAUUAGAAAAUAUGUAUAGAAACGAUGGCAAGAUUUAUACUCAGUAGUUGUUAAUGGCGUUUGUUUACAGUAUGAAACUUUACACUUCCGAGGAAAAACGUGAUCUCAUUUUUGCAUGAAAAAGUACUGAAAGGAAAGCUUUACUGUGCCAUAUGGGGGACUUUUCAAGUCUCCUAUUUUUACUAGUGGAAGUACAGUGCUCAAAAAAUAAAGGGAACACUUAAACAACACAAUGUAACUCCAGGUCAAUCACACUUCUGUGAAAUCACACUGUCCACUCAGGAAGCAACACUGAUUGACAAUGCAAAAUGACCACCAGAAGGCAACAAAUGUGCAUGUGUCCACUCAAACGGUCUGAAACAGACUCCAUGAGGGUGGUAUGAGGGCCCAACGCCCACAGGUAGGGGUUGUGCUUACAGCCCAACACCGUGCAUGUUGUUUGAAAUUUGCCAGAGAACACCAAGAUUGGCAAAUUUGCCACUGAUGCCCUGUGCUUUUCACAGAUGAAAGCAGGUUUACACUGAGCACAUGUGACAGAUGUGACAGAGUCUGGAGACGCCAUGGAGAACAUUCUUCUGCCUACAACAUCCUCGAGCAUGACCGAUUUGGCGGUGGGUCAGUAAUGGUGUGGGGUGGCAUUUCUUUGGGGGGCCGCACAGCCCUCCAAGUGCUUGCCAGAAGUAGCCUGACUGCCAUUAGAUACCGAGAUGAGAUCCUCAGACCCCUUGUGAGACCAUAUGCUGGUGCGGUUGGCCCUGGGUUCCUCCUAAUGCAAGACAAUGCUAGACCUCAUGUUACUGGAGUGUGUCAGCAGCUCCUGCAAGAGGAAGGCAUUGAUGCUAUAGACUGGCCCUCCUGUUCCCCAGACCUGAAUCCGAUUGAGCACAUCUGGGACAUCAUGUCUCGCUCCAUCCACCAACGCCACGUUGCACCACAGACUGUCCAGGAGUUGGCGGAUGCUUUAGUCCAGGUCUAGGAGGAUAUCCCUCAGGAGCCACCUCAUCAGGAGCAUGCCCAGGCGUUGUAGGGAGGUCAUACGGGCACGUGGAGGCCACACACACUAUUGAGCCUCAUUUUGACUUGUUUUAAGGACAUUACAUCAAAGUUGGAUCAGCCUGUAGUGUGGUUUUCCACUUUAAUUUUGAGUGUGACUCCAUAUCCAGACCUCCAUGGGUUGAUACAUUUCAUUUCCAUUGAUAAUUUUUGUGUGAUUUUGUUGUCAGAACAUUCAACUAUGUAAAAUUGAAAGUAUUUCAUACGAUUAGUUCAUUCAUUCAGAUCUAGAAUGUGUUAUCUUAGUGUUCCCUUAAUUUUUUUGAGCAGUGGAUAUAGAUAGGACCACAUGCAGCUAAUUUUUUUUCUACCACAAAUCCACAGCGAAUCCUGAGAAAACCCUGUAUCUUUAACAUGCAGAUUUUCCUCCAUUUCACUGUAGAUUUUGUCCCUGCUUAUUUCAAGAGGUGACACCGCAGUGACCAACAGAAAAACUGACACUUUUCAGAUUAAAAAAAUCAGCACUUUCCUUGCGGACAAUGAAUGUUACUAUAAUUCGCUGUGGAUUUUACCUUCUUAAAUCUAAUGGUAAAAUCCUCAGCCUUUCUGUAACAUGUAAAGAAAAACAAUACAAUAAGGGCAUGAGCUCUCUCUGAAUUUUUCCCUUCUUUUUGUAACAAGAGAAAUGAUAAUGUUAAUGGAUUAACAUUUCAUUGGUAAUUUUUAAAUCCCUAUGCUUUGAAAAGCUUUGACUGCAUGAUAAUUCUAUUUAUUACAAGACAUUUAUUAUUACUGCUGAGAAAAGUAAAACUGCAUGGGUUGUGCUUGUACCAGAGUAUUUUUUACUGGUUAGGAAAAUGCUCAUGUGUUAUGUUGCUGUGUCCAGCUUUGGAAUAUUUAAGUUAAAGGGCACAUCAUACUUUUAAGAACAUAUAUCAAAAGGUGCAGUCACACUUCUUUGCUUUUAUUUAAUUUGCCAAAUACUUUGCCGUGACACUGGUUGUAUAUUCUCAUGUUUUAAAGGAUUGUUCACAAAGACCUGCAAAUAUAAAAAGCUUUAUAAUCUGCACCGGGUGUACAGAAAUAAAUCUGCUAAAUGAUCCAAAUUAUGGCUCCAGGAUUAUAAAAUAUCCCCUAUCCACAGGUAAGGCGAUAACUAGAUGAUGGAUGAGGUCCGACUGCUGCAACACCCACUGAGCACAAGAAUGGAAGUCAAAUGUCAAGGAGUUAAUGGAGUAGCAGUGAGCAUACUCGGCCAUUGCUCUAUUCACUGUCUAUAUGACUUCAGAAUAUAGCUGAGUAAAGCUCUUGGCAUUGUUCCUAAAUCCCUUUGAGAGUGAAUGGAUGAGCAUAUGCACUUGUAUACUGUUUACUCAGGGGACAUUUAACCUCCAUUGCUAUGAUCUUUAGGGUGCCAGUGGCCAUUCCCCCACGGAUCAACUAGUUAUUCUCUAACCUGUGGACAAAGGAUAGUUAUUAACCUUGGGGCAAUCCCUCUGAACCACUGAAAUACAAUGUUAAAAGAAAAAGUGAAAAGAAAGAGUUGAUUUUCUUUCAACCCUAAUAGUAAGUCACAUAUUAAAUAAGCAUUCCAGGAAUUGAAUAUUUCUUUAUUUGCAUUUUCUUACAUAGUACAGCAUAAGCUAUUAUUAGAGAAUACUGUAGAGCUUCUUGUGUAUGCCUUUUGCCUAUCUAUUUUUGCUGAUGGUCCAGGCAUGGGAUAGGCUCCAUUUUGGUUUACAAAUACUGUAAUACUGUCCACAUUUCCGACGAGUCCUCUGGCUUUGGUUGGUAGUGGUGGACGUUACCCAGUUGAACUCAUUAGAAGCAUAAGUGGGUUGGUGUCAGUUUACACUAUGUGCAGCUUUCAUAUGUUUACUUACUCAACUAACAUUUUUUAUAGAAAUAUUGCCACAAGAAGAAAGUGAUUGACCCAUGAUCACAACUGAGGUUUUAUUAUUAUUAUUUUUUUACACACAUUUACCUAAUUUUAACAGUUUUGCAGCGUUUUUCAAAAUUGUGGUAAAAAUUACAUGUUUUUACCAUAUUUUAAACACUUGCUGUGAUUUAGAAAAAAUCACAGCAAAACCAGAAAAAAACAUCAAGAAACGCAAUGGGUGAACACAAACUCAGGGGAGGUCUAUAUCUAAUUUAUAUAUCUUGAUCACAAAGAGAUAGCAGAUGGAGCUAGGAGUGGUGGAGAGGGGUCUGAGGGCUUGUAGGAAGGAUCUGUUAGGUGAUAGUGUAAUCCUAUCAUUUAUGGGAAAUCAGAAACCAGAUCUGACAUCCUCUCAGUCACAUUAAGCAGAGUAACUUUUUAAAGUCAGACUGGUGAUCACAUGACCAAGUUAGAGUAAUGAAAAAUAAACUAGUGAUUGUGAGUAUGCAUGAUAUGGGCAAAACAAAAAAAGCAAAAACACCUGGAGUGCUUCUUUAAUAAUAAAUCCAAAACAUUCUAAAGCAAAA